CUCAAAGCUUUUCUGGCUUUAACAAGAAAAAAUUCACAUACAAACACUUCUCUCUCCCCUCCCUUCUUCUUUCUCGCAUUCUCUUCCUUCCUCUAUCUCAUACGCUAAAUACCAAGUUGCAAGUUAUGGCUAAGCGAACCUCUGCUUCCAACGAUGAUACCAUCAACGACGUUGAUAUGGCCAUUGAAAACAGUAACGUCGACCAAGCUACUGCCAAGAAGAUCAAAGUCGAUGAUCAAUUGGACAACAAGAUGACGUUUGCAUAUCCCAAUGAUGCCUAUAUCAUCACCUCCGAACAUCUCAAGAAUUCAACGUUCGAGAUCCUCUACAUGGCCACGCGUGCCCGUGCUGAGACACCUCGUAUGCUUCUCGAAUACGUCGGGGCUUCGUAUGUGAGUCUGGCUCCUAUCAACUGGCCUGCAGGCAAGAAGGAUACUCCCUUUGGCGUCCUCCCGGUUUUGACCCAUAUCAAGGCUAACGGAAAGAGGUUGGUUGUUCCUGAAGUGCCUACCAUCACUCGAUACCUGGCUCGCCUGUUUGGUCUCACUGGCUCGACUCUAGAAGAUGAAGUCAUUGUUGAUGCCUGUUUCCAAAGCGCGGUCGAUAACAUCCUCAGCACCAUGAUGUCAGAAAUCUUUAUGAAGCCUGACCCUAAAGCCAAGGAGACCGUUGAUACCGCACUUGAAAAGCUAGCGCCGUUCUUUGAUGGAUUUGAAGGUUACUUGGUUCAGAAUGGAUCUAAUGGAUACCUUUUAGGAGAGAAGACAACGUAUGCCGAAUUCCCUUGGUAUGACUGGAUCCAAUAUCUCAUGACCGAAUACUCUGAACAGAUGAAGGACUUUAUUUCCGAGACUGUCCGUCCAGCGACCUACAAGCUGUACCAGCGCUUCCAAUCCAAUCCUAGAAUCCAAGCGUAUAUUGAAGGAGGUCGAUGGAAUUAUCGUCCUGCCAAGCCCAUCACUGGAAUUGCUACAACAGGUGUCAUUGUUGCUGACGCAGAACGAUCUCUGGACUUUUAUCAAAACAAACUGGAGCUGAAGGUAGUAGUGAACAAGUCCCCUCAACCCGAGGUUGAAGGUAACAAGUGGAUUGAGUUUUCGGUAGAUGAUUCCCAAAAAGUCAAGUUCUCGGUUUACAGUCAUGGGAAGAACAACCCUUAUUCUUCACCCAGCAAUGAUUCAUCAAAGCACACUGGUAUCAUCUUCUCUGUUCGCAACGUCAGAGAGACUUAUGAUAAACUUGUAAAGAAGGGUGUCAAGUUUAACAUGCAGCCUAUGCAGAUGCCAUGGGGCGUUAUCGCUCAGUUUGAGGAUCCUGACGGUAACCUUUUCUCCAUUAGUGGCCCUGCGGAUGAAAAACUCGAGGAGUAAAAAAAAUUUUGUUUGCAUUGGUAUCAUUUUUGUUUAUCUAUUUCAUUCAAUCAUCUAUGGUUCUUUUUGAAAUAAAAUG